AUGCGACCAUCCUCAGCUCCGCAGAGAAAGCCAUUUCAUGGACACUCUGACGAACUCUUUGUUGAAGCUAUAUUCCGCAGGGGAGAGGAACCUCGCCCUAUACUGAAAAUCCCUGGCAUCAUUGACCAGAGCAUUGCCGAGCUGGUCCACCUCGACCAUGCCAUUCAGUUAUUCGAGGAACAUAUCGAACACUCAGACGCUGGAUUCUACGCAUGGUCUGAACAUCACAGGUGCGCCGUCGAUCUUAAACUGACGGUAGAGCGGACCGUGCGUGCCUACAGGAUUAGCAAAGACCACAUCAACUGUAUUCAGAUGGCCAAGAGGGCCGGAGUCGCACCGGGUGCGUGGAACCAGAAAGCAUGGAACGCGCAGUACGCGCACAUCCUCAGGCUCCGCUGGACGGCUUUGGAGGCCCUACUAGGCUCCCCGGGUCUUUGUACCCAUGAAUUGCGCCAGAUCGUCUCGAAGCUCAAGGCGCGGUCCGUUCCCUGCGGAACCGUGGUCGAGCGUGCCAAUUGGCUUUAUCACGGCGCUCCGAUCCAUCCACAGACAAUCAACAUGGCGACGCCUGAGGUCAUCAUGUCUGACGUACCCGUGGCUCAAGGAGGCGUCAUGCCUUCCGUCGAGGGCCAGCAGCAGUCAAUGGCCGCCGUGCAGAGCGAUCAUCCUAGUGCAGCAUCGCAUACAGCACCUCUAUCCAAUAGCCCCGGACAGACCCAGGCCUCGGUGCCCGUGAGACAAGCAACAAACACACCAGCGCAGACACCACCCUUCAAUCUCCCGAAGAUACCAACUCCAGCGCCAGGCAUAGCACCAUCACCGGUCCUUGCCCAGCAUGCUGUGAAUGGGCAUGCGUCGAGCGCACCCAAGUUCGCAUCGCCAGAACUACCAAAGCCUCGUACGGAUCAAGCUACAGCCAACGAAUUUGCAGAUACGUCUAAUGCCAUCAAAAGGGCCAAGCCUAGCGUGGUUCGACACGUUGUGCGUGACAACUGGGAUCGCUGCCUCAUGGGCUCCGAGUAUCACACUGCGUUUAUGCUCAAUGCCAUCCUUCAUCAGGCAAGCGAGGCGACCUUGCGCACAGCCGUCAAGGACUUUGGGGCUAAGAUGGUGCAGACAUCCAAGACUGCAAUCUUCCAGCAUAUGACCACACGAGACAUUGAUGAGCUUGCGGAUCAAAUACUCUCAAAGGCCAGCCCUGCAUUUCUGGAUAAGGCUGUCGCGCAACGCCUGGAGACCGCAACGGCGCGCAACCUGGUCAAUGCCCUGGCCACAGCUGAACGCUUGGGGUAUACCAUUGACGACUACGUGGAGGAAAAGGGUCCGAAUAGUGAAAAGGAGACGGUCACCCCAGAUGUCCGUGGUCUGUACAAGCAAGUGCAGCAAAGCAGCCAACAUUCAUCGUCAGCUACGCCGGUACACGGGUUGCCGAAUGGUGGGCAGCAUAUCUCGGUUGGCCAACAAGGGAUCUCGCUCCUGGUGUGCCCGACGUGUACACGGCCCUGCAGCGGUCCACGCGCUCUGGAAUACCACCAAAGGAAGGGGGUUUGCCGCGAUGCAUUCGACAUUGCCAAAGUUGGCAAGACUGCCUGUCCACACUGCGGCCUUAAUUUCGGAUCUCCUCACGGCACCAAAUAUCACACCAAAAGCCAAGUUUGCGGCGAGUACGACGCACAGGUAGAGCAGGCGAUGUGGCAAGCACUACAGGAGUUUGCCCGCCGCGCGCCAUCGGCGCCGUUGACAUGGUCCACGGCGGCUGUUGGGCCAAAGACUAGUGGGCAAAUGACACCGCAGGGGCAAGCGACCCAAUCGCCGAGAUUGCCGCCAUCCUCUUCACAAACGCCCGUGCCCAUGCGCACAGCCGCGAACGCACACCAGGCCACGCCCAAGCCUCCCGGUGCCGUCGAGGACCACUAUGCUCAUCUUGACCCGAAGACUCUCAAAGCGUGGACCGAGGAGCGGCUCUCGAUAGAGGAGAAGUAUGGCGUGGAGAUACGUAGUGCUAUGAAGCUUCCUGAGCCCCAUGCCACUGAUGAGCUUAUCAAGAUCAAGAACCGAUAUAACACGAAGCAGAGCGUUACCCGCAAGAAGUACGGCAUCCGACUGAAGGAGCGUCGCCCGGUAGCAGAGGUAGACGCUGAGCGAUGCCGUCUGCUCCAAACGCCAAAUGCGCUAGAGGUGUGGGCUGAACAGGAAAGGAAAGAACGCUUGUUUAAGUCGGGGAAUAUCCAGGCCGUGAUCGACGCCGGUAAUGCUACGCGGCCUGCCAAGAGAGCUCGCUUGGACGCUGGGCCGGAUACUGGAGUACCUCAGUAUCAACAGCAGCCGUCGCCUCCGAAGCCUGUUGAAUCUCCUCGUAAGAUGGCUCCCCUCUCCGAGAUGGGCGGGCUCGGAUCCUCAGCGGCGUCGGCAGAGACGGUCGAUCCAACCGCGCAGGCGCCACAGAAGACCACGCCAGUAAGGCUCUACGCCAAUCGCCCGAAACCUUCGCCGCUUAGUCAGCCACAAUCGCGGUCCGCGGGCGCCCAUGAUCAUCCUGUCUCCAUCGCCUCAAGUGAUUCGGAGGAGAGUGACUCGACAGGGAACAGCAGCAGCGAUGACGAUGGUGAAGACAUUCCUGCCCAGUAG